UGACCUCAAGCUUCCCCGCAAUCGCCCCAACCUGCUGCUGUACAAUCCAAAAUCAGCGUUCGCCAGAUACGCCCUUAACAGCAGAGUCGAUUGACUUUGACACAAGUGCUAGAUGCCAUUCAUCCAUUCCCAUCCAUCUCCUCUCCCCAUGUCGGACACCAUGCUCCUCACCAAACGUCUCACCACCUUCCUCUCCCAAAACACCACUCCGGCGCUCCCAACCCUUCUCCUCCUCUCUCCAACCGGCAAGCUACUCUCCAGCUCCAGCGCCCUCCCCGCCUCUACCCUCCGCACGCAAGCAACACUCGCGUCUUCCCUAUGGACGCUCUACCAACCCGCCGCCUCGCCCCUCAUUACCUCCGCCAUCCCUCUCCAGUCCCAUUCCCAAUCAAAUACUCAUCCGCGAGGCUCAGAUGCUACACUCUCAUCUACCACGACGGCAGCAGAUAACGAUCACGAUCUUGCAUCCAUCACCGUACAGCUCACACACGGCGUAAUGGUUAUCCGGACAUUAGGCUGCGGUUUGCUGUUCGUGGCGAUUGGACCCUCUUCAGUAGCAGUUUCGAGUCCGUCGCAGACUUCAAGGGCGCAGUCGAUAAGCUCACAUACACAUACGAGCCCGCCUUCUUCGCCGCCGGGACAAGGGCAUGGAGAGAAUGAGUACAAUGGGGAGGGAGCACAUGAUGGUGGUAAUAGUCUAGGAAUGGGACUGGGCAGUGGUAGUGGGGCGCCGAGUGAGGCGGGCAGUGUUAGGAGUACUAGGACGGCGAGUAUUAUGGGGGUUAAGAGGCAAGCGGAGGAGGUGGGCCGGUGGUUGGACCGGCAGUUGGAAGGGUUUCAGUUAAGUUCUGUGGAGGGAAGAUGAAGGGAUCUGGUUUGAAGAUGGAUAGGCACGCAGGGACACAUGCGGGUGUUUGAGCAUUGGAGGAUGUACGGAACGAAGAAGGAAGGCGAAGGCAGAUUCCGGUCCCGUACGGAGCAUCGGGCAAGAGGGGAGCUGCUCGAAUGUACAAUAAAUGCAACAGCACGGGCAUGGAGUCAGUCGUGAAGAUACCAUAAAAUCUGGCGCAAUAGCCCUGGCUCAAAAGCACACCGAACCUUCUCUUGCUUAAUUUGAGAAGUCAGGUCCGAAGACGUUAAACUACACUGACAGCAGUCCUGCAGGAGAGCUUGAGUUACACAGAAAAUGUAAUGCUGUAAUUGGUUUCUUUUUCGUUUCUAGAACGCAAGAUCUUUCUAGCGCCAAAGCUGUGGCUGAGCUUGUGACAGCGCAAAAGCAAGGCUCCAGACCUCUAUCAACUGUUC